AUGAGAUAGCAAACCAUCGAGAUAUUCCAUUUAUGUCAGUCGAUAUAGAAGAAGCAAAAGAAUAUAUUAAUAAAACCCCCCAUUAUAUUCUUCGCCUUUAUGGAUACCUCGUUAAUGGCCAGAAAGCAGUUGUCACCAUUACUGGUAUCAAGGUAUUUUUCGAUAUUCGUGUUCCCAAUAAUACAAGUAUUCCCAAAUUCUGGUCUAAAAUAAAAGGUAUUCUUGCUACUGGGGAAGACGGUAGUGGGAACACUAUGAACAUGAAUCUAAUCCGGAUGGAAUGUAUAAAAGCAUAUCCUAUCCGUGGUUACCAUGCAGAAAAAAAGCCGUAUCUUCGCAUUACUGCGCCAAAUAAAGACCUAAGGUUUACCGCUCUCGAUAUUAUCUCAAGAUAUAAUUCGGGGGUCGAUCAAGAAAAUAGGAUAGAAACCGCUUCAGAUGAUACAGGCACAUAUUACCGUAAAGUUGCAAGAGA